AUGUCGAAUCCCACUAACGCCAUCAAUCGUUCCGAUCACCUGGAUGCUCUGAAACGCAAAAGUGAACGUGUUUUGCUGGAGGAAAUCCGGGCAAUGGAGGGCAUUAUCAAAAAAUUGGGUAGAUCAGAAGGAGAGCUCUCGGUAUUCAGCUGUUGGUUAUGAGGAAAAGAAGUUAAUAAACCUAUAGGAAACGGUAGAAGGCAAUGAGUUCAUAAAGAAGAUCGACGUCCGAUUCUUCAACCCUAAAGAAAUCGACGUGAGUUUGAAUGGUCGAGAGGUGACCGUUGUCGCGGAUCACGAAGGCAACGACAAGUAUGGAUACAAGCACAGGUUGGCAUUCAUAUUUUUCGAGUUUUCUUAGUUGAUGUAAAACGGAUUUUGAAAUAGAAGCUCUAUUCAUUCUCUCGUUAGACAGGUCCUGAAAAAAAGAUCAUUUUGGAAUUUACUCUGGCUUCAGUUUUUCGAGGCUUUUCGAUAUACCCUGUGUACCACGACUUGGAAUUUCACCAAACGACAUUCCGGUGCGCCGCUGCGCGCCUUUGCGAACCUUGGUCGCGCUUUUAAUUUUUUUUUUUUUUCAUCAAGGUACUCUACUUUCAUGUGCUCCCACAACAAUAACAAUCAAUUGGAAGCGUGAGCUUCGCGAACGCACGCAGCGGAAGAGCGGAAUGUCGUUCUGUGAAAUUUCAAAUCGUGAUACACAAACUAUAAUUCCAUUUUACUCAAAAUCAGACCUACAGUUCCAACUUCUCUCAAUAUUCUCUUUUUUGUCUUUUUGGUUUAUUUUUUUAUUUUGAAUCACAUAAAGCCUCUUCUUGGGAAAAAAGGUUCACCUCACCACAGUAACAUAACCGACUCUAGGUCUCUCACUCGAAAGUUCAAAAUCCCGGAGACGAUGAACCUUGCAAGCCUGCACACGACGUACACCCCCGACCGGUUUUUGAAGAUCAAAGCGACAAAAUUCGUGAAAGAAGACAAGGCCGAGAGCCGCAAACUCACUAUCUAUGACACGAAAGGAGUCGCUUUGAAGUGA